GGAGAGGAGCUUAUGCGAUGCAGGUGAGCCAGGGAGCAACGUUACUCGCUGUGGCGCUGUGUGCAGUCUUCUCACUAGUGCUGGGCAUGGAAGGGAAACGGAAGCUCCAGAUUGGGGUCAAGAAGCGGGUGGACAACUGCCCCAUCAAGUCCCGCAAGGGUGAUGUGCUCCACAUGCAUUAUACGGGCAAGUUGGAGGAUGGGACAGAGUUCGACAGCAGCCUGACUUGUCAUCAGCCGUUUAUCUUCUCCUUGCGGACUGGACAAGUCAUUAAAGGCUGGGAUCAGGGCCUGCUUGGGAUGUGUGAGGAUGAGAAGAGAAAGCUGGUCAUUCCCUCUGAGCUGGGUUAUGGGGACUGCGGAGCACCACCCAAAAUCCCAGGUGGCGCAACCUUAAUCUUUGAAGCUGAGCUGCUGAACAUUUAGCGAAGGCAGGAAUU